AUGUUUCACAAGGUUUUCGAAUUUAUCACGGUAACUUCAUUCUUUGCCACGCUUUUUUCAAAUCUUCUAUUAAUUUUUAUUACAACGUUUUACGUGAAGCAAAUCGUCGGUUCUUAUAAAAAAAUGAUAAUCUUAUUUGCGGGUUUGGGAAUCAUUUUUUCAAUUGUUGAGCGAAUUGCCAAACCGUUUAUUCAUAAUUAUAAUAAAGGGUUGAUGUAUUUUAGCCUUGGAGAAAGUUGGUUUAAAAUCCCCAAAGAUGUCGUCACAAUAUCUUUAGUGGUAUAUGUGACAAUUUACGCCGUCGUCGUAACAUUUUUAGCUGUUCAAUUUGCAUUUCGAUAUGUAUCCCUAUUUAAUCCCGACUUGACAAAAUUGUUUGAAAAUUAUGGAGCUAUAGCUUGGAGCAUGUAUCCGGUUUUCAUCGGGUCUGUGAACGGAGCAGCGAUCUGGUGUUUGACACGACCCGAUGAAUUUUCAGAUGAUUAUAUGAGAAAUGAAAUAUUUGAAGUAUACGAAUUAGAUAUUUCUACCCUCCCACGACUACUCAUAGUUCCUUAUGAUCAAAAUGGCAACGUAAGAAUCAAUAAUGUGCUAUACCUUUGCAUUGGAACAUUUCUACUCUCUUCUCAAUACCUAAUAAUUGUGUAUUGCGGGCUUCAAAUGCAUUUUCAAAUGCAGAAAGAGCUGCAAAAGUUUUCUGUCGCCAAUCGAAAACUUCAACAGCAAUUUUUCAAGGCGUUGGUUGUUCAAGUUACGGUCCCGACCAUAACUUUCGUUUUGCCAGCAAUGCCACUUUUGCUAGGCCCGUUGUUUGAUUUGAAGAUGUCUUUCAAAUCUGGAGUUAUUUGUGCAUUAUUGGGGAUCUACCCAUUUAUCGAUAGUAUACUGUUUAUGUUAAUUGUAACUGAGUACAGAAAACAUCUGGCUACACUUUGCAAUUGCUUUGGCAAGAAAAAUCAUGUUCAGAAUUCGCAAUGUUUAACUAUUUGA